UUCUAUUCCCCACACAUGGGCUGACAGGGUAAUAUUAACUAUUUGGGCGAUUUGCAUGGACCUUGUUAUCUCGACUUAACACUUAAUGGCAAUGAUGAACUCGGUGACACCGCAAUUAAAGGACUAUUCGAACUGUUUCAUUGGGUGUUGCAGUGUGCUUGGCUGUUGCUGGGGGCGGUUGGCAGGUUAUUGCCUGACGAGGAAUACAAGGAAUGGUAAUGUUAAAUAUAGCGACCCUGUAAAGGAGGCUUUGUGGGAGGGGUCGGAAGACAACCCAUUCUCUAGCAAUCGCAGGAGUGCUGGUCAAGGUGCGUGGCUGUGAUUGGGUGAGCAGGGGGGAGACUGUUUGACCAGUCCGGGGGAAAGGAGGGAGUUAAGUGUGUUAGACCGGUACCGCGUUGAUAAAACUGUUCUGUGCUGGUAGUGGGUAGUGUCCUGUGUCUCGUCAGUGGGUUAGUAACUGCUGACAAUAAAGUGUUCCUUCAAGGACAAUAUUUAGAAACCGGAAAUCACAGCACACCACUUUCCUCGACUAACCGCCGGCCAGCAACACCCGAAACUCGGUAAGAGAAUAAGAGAGUUAUUAAACAAGAAAGUUAUCCAUUGCGCUCAGAUAAAGCUGUUACUAGCUAACUGUCGCGCUUGAAUGUCGGUGGACGCGGAGGAAAGGGCACACGCGCUUGCGUCUCCUCCGGGACCGCCUCAGAUGGACUCGGACGAGCCGGAGGAGACCAGUAAACCCUCCGGCGUUAGCAGGACCCUCGCGUUGACAGUGUGCUCUGCCGCCAUCGGGGGCACCUUCCAGUACGGCUACAACAUCUCCAUCAUCAAUGCUCCCACCAACUACAUCCAGAGCUUCAUCAAUAACACCUACGAGGAGCGCUGGGGCGUCGGCCUGGAGGCCCCCCAGGUGACCCUGGUGUGGACUCUCAUCGUCUCGGCCUUCUCGCUGGGAGGUUUAACAGGGGCCCUGCUGGCGGGGCCCCUGUCGGUGUGCGUCGGCAGGAAGAAUUCGCUGCUCCUGAACAACUCUUUCCUGUUUGUGGGCGCCGCGCUCGUGCUCACGUGCCGGCUGGCGAGAUCCUUCGAGAUGAUCCUCCUCGCCCGCUUCCUGGUGGGGGUGAACUCGGGCGUCAGCAUGAACGUCCAGCCGAUGUACUUCGGGGAGAGCGCCCCCAAGCACCUCCGGGGCGCCGUGGCUUUCUCCUCCGCCGUCUUUACUGCUUUCGGGAUCUUCCUGGGUCAGGUUGUGGGACUCACGGGGCUCCUGGGCACCGAGCCCCUCUGGCCCUACCUGCUGGCCAGCAACGCGUUGCCGGGGCUGAUCCAGCUGCUCACCUUGCCCUGGUUCCCCGAGAGCCCCAGAUACCUCCUCAUCGACCGUGGAGACAAGGAGGCGUGCAUCCGGUCGCUCAAAAGGCUCCGGGGAGGGGAGGCUCCGGUCUUGGAGAUGGAGGAGAUGCUGCAGGAGCAGCAAAUAUUGGAGGCCUCCACCAAGACGCCCUGGUCUCUGUUUAAGGACCCCGGCCUGCGGCCCCAGCUCAGAACAGCCAUGGCGGCCAGCAGCGCCAUGAUGCUCUGCGGCAAUGACUCCAUCUACUUCUAUGCUUACUACAUCUUUCUCGCCGCGGGUAUCCCUCCAGAGAAAAUCCAAUACAUCACAAUCGGCACGGGGGCGUCCGAGCUGAUCGCGUCAAUACUGAGUAAUCUGCUGAUUGAGCGUGUGGGCCGCAGGUACCUUCUCGUGGGCGGGUACUGUCUCAUGUCCUGCUGGUCUGUGGUCUUCACCGUGGCCCUUAUCCUCCAGAGCCGCGGGGUUGCCUCGAUGGCGUACCUCAGCAUGGCGUGUGUGUUCGCCUACAUCCUCAGCUUCGGUCUGGGCCCCGCGGGGGUUACGGGCAUCCUGCCUGCGGAGAUCUUCGACCAGACGGCCCGGCCGGCGGCGUACAUGGUGGCCGGCUCGUGCAUGUGGAUCAGCCUGUUCCUGGUGGGGAUGCUGUUCCCCUACAUCGUCAAGGGCCUGGGGAGCUUCUGCUUCCUGCCGUUCAUGGCGGUGUGCGUAGUGUCCGCCGUGUUCCUGGGGCUCACCUUGCCGGAGACAAAGGGCAAGACGCUGGCCGAGAUCACCGCGAAGUUCGAUGAGAAGAACGGUCCAAAGGGGAAGAAGAAGAAGAGGCCGGACGAGCCCGCCAGGGAGCACUACCAGCCGGGUCAAGCCCUCUCCUCCACCAGCCUCACGCAAGACACUGAUCCCAAUCACAAGAAUGGGGAUUUAAAUUAGAAAUGGAAAAAAAGGGAAAAAGGGCAGUGCCUUUGUCGCCUCUUUAUGCAAUUUUUCGCGUUAGAUUACUCCAUAGGUGAAAUAUGAAGUGUCCUAUUCACCAAAAAUUAUCUCAGUGUAAUUUGGUUCUGGUUGCGCGAGUCAAUAAGAAACAUUAGGAACUGUUAUUGUUCUCGACGGUGUGUGUUUGGCCAAGCAGAAAAAGCAUUCCCUACAGUUCACCAGUGCCCUAAAAAAGGAUGACGCAAUCGUUUCUCGGGCAAGAAGACUCUCGAGCUGAAUAAUGACCUCACCAAGAGCAGCGUACUGAUUCAAAUGUCCCCUCAGUCUCCGGUGGGAGCACGUGCCUCAGCAUCCGAUAGAAACUUGUAAU